AUGAUAUUCACACAGCUCGUCAAGGCUCUUUGCCUCUGCUCUCUCCUUCUAGUACCUUUUACCGUCGGCCAGAACACCUCAGAGCAUGAAUUCAACAAGAGAAGAACCUUGAGUAUCGGCAUUAUCAUCUUUGAUGGCUUUGAGCCCAUUGAGGUCUGGGGACCGCUUGAAUACCUAACAUCUCCCACAAAGCUGUCGGCCUUUUACAAGAUGACCCUUUCCAUCAUUUCAUACCAAAAGGGUCCCGUCAAAGGUACCGUCAGUGCCCGACUCCAGCCACAUCUUGGGGGUGAUUUCGGCAGCACGCUAGGCGCAGAAACAGCAGUCACCCAUACGUUUGCCGAUGCACCAGCUCUCGAUGUCAUCCUGAUUCCCGGUGGUACGGGCGUCAUCAACGCUACCUUGAGCAAUAGGACUGAGAUCGAGGAGUUCCUUAUUCGUCGUGCCGACCAGGCCGAAUAUAUUCUCGGGCUCUCAUUUGGAGUAACGCACCUGGCUCGAUCGGGCCUCCUCAACAGCAAACGCGCCACGACCAAUAAGAGCGGCUACCAAUGGAUCGUAAACUAUGGUCCAGAGGUCAACUGGGUUCCACAGGCUCGGUGGGUUGUUGAUGGCAAGUUCUGGACCGCUUCAGGCAUGAUGGCCAGCUUGGACAUGACCUAUGCCUGGUUGUCCCAUGUUUAUGGAGCCGAAGGGCCUGUCAAUCAGCAAACGAAUAGUAUCGAGUAUGCUCCACAUCUUGAUUCUUCGUGGGAUCCUUACGCUGUCGUUUUCAAUGUCAGUCUAGACCAUAUUCUUGCCUGA